GAGAGCAAUUAGGGUUUUUAGUGAAAUUGAGACGAUGUGUGGAAUAGCUCUCUUUAUUUCUGGAAUUAAGAUUGAUUUAUCACUUCUGCUACCCAAUUACACCUCCCCAUCUUCUCAAUUUUGUGAUCUGCCUUUGGUGUCAGAGGAUGAUAUAAAAGCAGCUCUGCAGAGGAGGGGGCCAGAUAGCUUAGGAACUAAAAUUGUCAAACUUUAUUCGGAUGGGAGUGAGUUCAGUGGGGAAUUGCUAUUCAUUGGGUCGACGCUGCAACUUAGAGGAGUGAAUCCGGUUGUGCAACCACUGACUGAUGAGUUGGGAAAUGUUCUUGUUUACAAUGGCGAAAUUUAUGGAGGGAAUCAAUUUAAAAGCGAUAGCAAUGACACGGAGAUUCUUAUGCAGUCUCUUGAACGCUGCUGCUCAUGUGUAUCACAUGAAAAUGUGGGAUCUACAGCUUGUUCUAAAGGACAUAUAGAAUCCGUUCCACAACUUCUGUCAAAAAUUAGGGGACCAUGGGCGAUGAUCUAUUGGCAGGAUACUUCAAAAACUCUGUGGUUUGGUAGAGAUGCUUUUGGAAGAAGAAGUCUUCUAGUUCACUGGCCAACACUCGAUGAUUCUCGUCUGCUGCUAUCCUCAGUGUCACCACCUUCUUCUAAAAAACCCCAUGAUAUCGAGGAAGAGAAAGGGAAAACUGAGUUGGAUUUUUGGGAAGAACUGUCAUGUGGUGUAUAUAGUGUCUCAAUAACUCCUCUAAAAAUGGGUGGUUAUCUAGUUGGAGAAGUUAAAAAACAUGGUUGGACUGAUGUUGGGCUAAAAGAACUGAUCACAUGGGAGAGAACUGGCAUUGAGCCCAAACCUGAGAAUCUAAGUGGUUACUUCAGUGAAUGUCCUCUUAUACAACAUGACGUUCUUUCAGAUUUUUCAUCUGAAUCAGAUUGUUUACGAAGUGUGCCUUUAGCAACAGCUCACAAAGUGCUCAAGGCUUUGACAGAAUCUGUAAAGCGACGGACCAGUUUGAACAGAAUCUACCAGGUUUAUCUGGGGAAUCAUACUCAAGGGGGAUAUGCUCCAAUAGCAGUGCUGUUUUCUGGUGGUUUAGAUUCUAUGAUAAUUGCUGCUUUACUGCAUCAGUGCAUUGAUUCUGAAUAUGAAAUUGAUAUGCUUAAUGUCAGCUUUGAUGGCGAGUCAGCACCAGAUAGAAUCUCAGCCAAGGCUGGAUUAAAGGAACUUCAGAAGAUUGCACCGUCAAGGAGAUGGAACCUUGUAGAAAUUGAUGCUGACUUACUGAAGUUGACGUUCGAGACAAAGCAUGUCAUGACACUUAUAAAUCCUUCUAAAACAUACAUGGACCUGAAUAUAGGCUUAGCAUUAUGGCUCGCUGCUGGAGGAGAUGGUUGGCUUUAUCAGGAGACAAGCGGCAACGAUGGUAUUCAAUAUCAACGCGUCAAAUAUAAGUCCAUGGCCAGGAUUCUCCUAGUGGGUUCAGGUGCAGACGAGCAAUGUGCUGGCUAUGGCCGGCAUAAAACAAAAUUUAGAAAUAAAAGUUGGCUUGGCCUCCAUGAGGAAAUGAAGCUAGACAUGCAAAGAAUAUGGAAGAGAAACUUAGGGAGAGACGACAGAUGCAUAAGUGACAACGGGAAGGAGGCUAGAUUCCCGUUUUUGGACGAAGAUGUCAUCAGGACUUUGCUCGAUAUUCCUCUAUGGGAGAUUGCAGACCUCGAUAAGCCAAGUGGAGUUGGCGACAAAAAAAUUCUAAGGGAGGUUGCACGAUUACUUGGUCUCGAUGAAGUAGCUCUUCUGCCCAAAAGGGCAAUUCAGUUCGGGUCGAGGAUCGCGAGGGAAUCAAACAGGAAAAAUUUUGGAAGCAACAGAGCUGCAAACCAAGCCUCUGCAGGAAGUGUGGCGAUUCAUAGACACCAUCAGACUGAAACAGUGCUGAUGCCUGAAUUGCCAGAAACACAAAUUUGAUGCUGUGGUUAAUAUUCAGUUGUGUGAGAAAAUUUUGUGGGACGACAGUUUUGUCUGAUUUUAAGAGUUUAUAUACAGUUUUGUUCUCUUUUUUA